AUGCCACGACGACAUGUGCGCGAAUAUGACGAGGAUUUAUUCGACGAAGACGACGACCGCGAGCCAAUACCUCCUCCGCGGUCGAGGCGCGGUCGUCGCCAUGGACCUGAUCUGAGAUAUAACAUGCGAGCACCUAGUCCCCCGACGCCAAUGGAGGAAUUCGAACGCCUCGACCUGCGCGACCGGUCAGAGCCCGAGUUUCUCCCCGACGAAUUCGAGCCCCCGAGGGAGCGUCGGCCGUUGCCGGUCCGUCGCGAACAUAAUGGCAUCGGGGCUCCGCCAAGGGAACUGGUGCGGAACUUCGAGAGAGCAAGGGGCGAGGCUCGACGGCGUGGGCGUCCGCAACGCGAAGUCUUCCUAAACGAGGAUUAUAGUUCUCCUGUGGAGCCGGAGUCUGGGUUGGAGCCGGAGAAGGUGUAUAUGGAUAGCGAGGACUCGGAGGUCGAGUUGCCUCCUGUCUCUAGGAAAGAGCGGUCAUUGCCGCGGCAUCGUCGGGAGAUCAGGGAAGAGCUUGUUCCGCGGAGUAAAAGCCAGAAAGAUGGACGGAAAGUACGACGGUCGAGGGUGGAGAGAGACGAUAUUCGCCCAGGGCCUAUCGAAAUCGAGGAUGAGAUUCGGGAUCCUCGAGGGCAUUAUCAUCAUCACCAUCAGCAUCGUCAUCAUAGGGGUUCUCGCUCGCAUCCGGCAUCUGGAAAUCAGACCGAAGUUUAUGAAUCUACCGACGAUUUACCAGAUGAAGAAGUUGUUAUUAAGAAAGAGAGGCGGAAAAGAGGUCCGGCCAGGGAUCGAUUCGAGGAGGAAGACGUUUACAUACAGGAUCAUGGUAUGUCGCCUUCCGAGCUGGACGAUCCUAGGAUGCCUUCGCCGGUCCGCAUGCCCCCAGAUCCUCGUGGCUUUGACGCCGAACACUUGCAUAUUCGUGAAGAAUAUGGAGUGCCUCGUGCACCCCGUCCACCCAGCCCGGAAGUCAGCUUUGAGAAGCCAAAACGCCGUCAUCACGAGAAGAGCGUGGGAAGAGCACCCCGUGAAGAGGUCCUUCUUGAAACAAGAGAAAAGGAGAUUGUGCCAAUUCCAGUUCGGACACUAUCUCCAAGUCGGCGAAAGGAGGAAAUCGCCAUACCUAUUUCCAGACCGCGGUCCUUGGAGCGCGAAAAGGAUCUUUUUAUCCGUGAGCGGGGCCCCCCCAAGGGAGAUUUCGUUGAAGAACGAGAGAUCAUCGAAGAAACCUAUGAUGAGGGAAUGCCUGAACGAGCCCCAAAGGAGAUUGUCAGCAAAGACGUGGCUGAAGAUUGGGCACUUGUGAAUGCCUCUGCGAAAACGAGAGAUAUACCGAGAGAUAUUGCCAGGGAAUACAAAGGUAACAAGCUGCCACAGUUAGGAGAUCGGAGGUCCAAGUUCACUAUGAGCGACAAGAAGAUCUCUGAUGGAGAUGCAGAUUUUGACCGUGGUAAGAUAGGACGACGAUAUGUCGGGGUCAAGGACCGCCGAGACCGUCUUUGGACAGAAAUCACGAAGGACCUCGUUGUGAAGGAAGCCAUCGAAAGAAUGGGCUUCGAGUACGAGGAGACUGUUUCGUCCUACUAUGUGUUUUCAUACCUUCAAUACGAUGAUGUCUCUUCCCUCGUCGAGCUUUCUGAGGACAUCCGACGUGCUCGACGCCGUCGGAUACAGGAAAUGGAACGCGAGCGAGCUUUGAAGCAUCCGCCGCCCAUGCCUGUUCCCGAUAAAGCGCCUCCCUUACUACUGGAUCGACCGAUGUCCCCUCCGCACUUCAUGCACCAGCUGCAGACGCGUGAGUACAGAGCACUGCAUACCAUCCAAUUCCCUAACUAA